GGCUGACGCGUGCGCGGAAGGCGCCGGGCAGAGUGAAGAGCAAGGUCGAGCGGCAGCGGCGGGCAGUGCGCGCAGGGGCGCGCUGAGGGAAGGUGGGGGGGUGCCGCCGCUCCGGCCGCCACCAUAACAACAACCACCACCACCACCAUCAUCAUCAUCACCGCCAGCGGUCGUGAUUUUUUAUUUUUUAUUUUUUUUGGUUAGGAAAGGUAGUUGGGGCUGUAGGUUACCGAGCAGGGAUGGCCGAUCCCUUACGCCGGACAUUGUUCGCCAAGCUGAGGGGGAAGAAGCCCAAGAAGACGGCGAGCGGCGGCGGCUCUAGGAGCCACGAAGGUAAAGCCAAGCUUCUUCACCAGCGGCGGCGGCGACAACAACAGCACCAACACCACCAGCACCAGCACCAGCACCAGCAGCUCCAGGCCGGGCCCGGGGGGGUUGGUUCGGGGGGCAGCAGCCGGGAUUCCCCGGUGCCAGGCGGAGGAGAGGAUGAGCGGCCAGGCGUGGGUGCGGGCCUGGCCGGCCGAGAGCUGCCGAGCCCCGGGUUGUCGCAGGUGGCUGCCCCGCCGUCCCCGGACGACGACGACGAUGGCGGCGACUACUACGACAACCAGCAGCCGCGGGGCUGCGAGGGGCAGCGGGCGGAGGUCGGGGCCGGGGCUGGGGUCGUGGUGGUGGCCGUCUCGGCCGCUUCCCCGGGCGGCAGCGGGCAGCAGCAGCAGCAGCAGGAGGAGAGCGCCCGGGAGAAGGAGAGGCUGAGGAGCCGGCUGCAUGAAGCCUAUUACCUGCUGAUACACGCCAUGCACGACCUGCCCGUGGACAUCCCCCACCGGGACACCGGCCGCGCACCCUCGCCAGGCCGGGCCUCGACCACCACUUCCCCGCCGCCUCCCCGCCGGAGCGAACACGCCAGCCCCGGCCCGCCGGCUCCCCUCAGACCCCCUCUGCAGCGGUCAGUGAGUGACGGGGUCAUAGACUACGUCUCUCUGCUUGUGGCCGAGCCCAGGGGUUGCUGCCAGGGUGUGGAGGGGCUUUGCCCCCAGGGCCAGGCUGGCUGCUCCCUUCUCCACCACCAUGUCCCCGCAGCCGAGGCUUCCGAGUGCGCGGAGGAUCAUGUAGCUCAGCCCCCGGAAAGCGGCUCAAUGUUGGGCGACGCUAGCUGUAAAGUUGCUAAGUUGAGGUGUUCAGCUGACGAGCAGGACGGUAGGCAGGGGUGCUCCUUAAAACCACCUGCAGUGACGGUCAACAAAAUGCAAGAAUGGAUGCACAGAGGGCGCAUGCUGUCCAUGGAGAUGAAAGAGCGCAUUAGUGGGUCUGUAAAAGUCAGUGUGCCCUCUGCUUCAUUGCCAGCUCAGGCAAUCGGCAAAGCAGAAGAAGCGCAGAAGGCAAGUUUCCCUGUUGCUGUCAGAGUGCAAGGAAACAAAACAGCAUCGUCCCCUACCAGCCAAAGGGUUUUGCUGACAGAUUUCAUUGAAAAUGUACACACCCCUUCAAAAAUCAGAAGAGAAUUGAAAGCCAGUGAAGCUAACAAGAUCAAUGACUACAGGCCACACAUAAACAACAUCACUGUGUCCAAGAAAAGAAACUGGUUACAGCAGAGCACUCUGAGCCCUUUUUUGAAUGAAGAGUCCAAUGCUCCUGUAUCAUUAGAGCUAACAAACCAUGUGACUGUUCCAAGCCCCUUGCAAGAAAGACAGCAGCCUGCAAUUUUGCCUCCUGAGUCUGCCCAACCAAACGACCACAAAAUUGCUGCAAAGGUUACUAUGGAUCAUAGUGAAGAAAAUGAUGCCGAUGAUGAGGGGGAGAUAUGGUAUAAUCCCAUCCCGGAAGAUGAAGAUGUUGAUGUACCACAAAUUCUGUCACCUCCUGCCAGUUGUGUGGCUAAAAUUGAAAACUCAGACAGUCUGCAGAUGAAACCGCCCUCAUUGCCUGUUGAUGAUUUAGUGGAAGGACAAGUGACUUUGGAAAUCUCUGAAAGCACGAGGGAAAUCCAGAAAGCACCAAUGACUGAUGUGAAUCGGGUGGAUUUAGUGAAUUCUAUAAAUGCCACAGAAUGUGUGCAGCUGCAGAGGCAGGUGCCUGGGUGCAAAUUUUGCAUUGGGACGAAUGUGGAUGAGAUCUGUGUACACAAAUCUCCAGCUUCAGUACAUACCGUGGAUCCUUCCAAUGGCUCUGUUUGUGCAGUGGCAGUGUUAGCGACAGCAGCAACAACAACAAAUGAAUUCUCACCACCUUCCAGCCCUAGCCCUUUGAAAAAGGGGACUGCAAUUACCUGGUCCUUUCCUGAAAAGAUAAAGUCUCCUCGAACUGUGAGGAAGCUUUCAAUGAAAAUGAAAAAGCUUCCUGAACUUAGCAGAAAAUUAAGCAUCAAAGGGACUUCAAGCCAUAACUGUAAUGACAAUAAUUCAUCAUCCAAAGGCACCUAUGGAUCCUCGUUAUCUUCUGGAAUUGUGACAAACGCUGCUAGUAGGAACGUCAUCAGUCGUUAUCACCUGGAUACCAGUGUUGUAUCGCAGAACUGCAAAAAGAAAAGUUCGGGAAGCUCCAAAUCUGCCAGCAAAGGUGGCUACCUCAGUGACGGUGAUUCACCAGAGCUCGUAGCUAAAGCGGGGAAGCACUCUUGUGAAAGUAAACCUACAAAAGGGAACGUUGCUUCAACUGCUCACAAAACACACAGCGCAGAAAUUGACAUUGAUGCUUUUAGGCAUUACAGCUUUGUGGAUCAGCCCAAAUGUUCUCAGUAUAUUUCAGGACUAAUGAGUGUACAUUUUUAUGGUGCCGAGGAUUUAAAGCCACCAAGGAUUGAUUCUCGAGAAGUAUUCUGUGCCAUACAAGUAGAUUCCGUCAACAAGGCCAGGACUGCCUUAUUGACGUGCAGAACCACGUUUUUGGAUAUGGACCACACAUUUAAUAUUGAGCUGGAGAAUGCACAACAUCUCAAGCUGGUGGUCUUCAGCUGGGAGCCGACGCCACGCCGGAACCGAGUUUGUUGCCAUGGUACUGUGGUGCUACCCACACUCUUCAGGGUAUCCAAGAUGCACCAACUGGCAGUAAAACUUGAACCUAGAGGCCUCAUCUAUGUCAAACUAACUCUGAUGGAACAGUGGGAAAACUCAUUGGACAGCCCGGAUGCAGAACGAGAGCCAACGGUCUUUGGCGUUGAGGCGCGGAAAAUAGUUGAAAAGGAAAACACAGGCUUGAGGGUGCCAUUGUUGAUGCAGAAAUGUAUCGUGGAAAUUGAAAAACGAGGUUGUCAGGUUGUGGGCCUGUAUCGGCUUUGUGGCUCUGCUGCUGUUAAGAAAGAGCUUAGAGAAGCUUUUGAGCGUGACAGCAAGGCUGUUGGCUUAUCCGAAAACCUGUAUCCGGAUAUCAAUGUCAUUACAGGUGUGCUGAAGGAUUACCUGAGGGAACUGCCAUCGUCGUUAAUAACUAAGCAGCUGUAUGAAGCGGUUUUGGAGACCAUGGUGAAGCAACCCCUCAGGAUUACGUCCUCUGGUUGUGAGAAUGAACUGAGUGACUGUGAAUACACGGCCAGCCUCUUGGACUGCCUGCCUGAAGUGGAGAGGGCAACACUGAAGAUGCUGCUGGAUCAUCUGAAACUUGUAGCUUCAUUCCAUGAGGUCAAUAAGAUGACGUGCCAAAACUUGGCCGUGUGCUUUGGGCCAGUACUUUUAAGCCAGAGGCAGGAGGCUUUCAACCAUAGCAACAGGGUCUUCAUAGACUCCGAGGAGUUGGCCAGUGCCUUGGACUUCAAGAAACACAUAGAGGUGUUGCAUUACCUGCUUCAACUGUGGCCAGUUCAAAACGUGGGUACCAAAGAGUGGGUGGAGAGCGGUGGAUGUGUGGAGCCGGCGAGGGCUGGGAACCUGGUGCGGAGACGGAAGCAGCGGCCCACAGUGUUGAACCUGAGCCACAGCGAGAGGUGUGGGGUGCUGCGGCCCAGACAGAUCCGGCUAGACAGCCCCAGUAACCGCUAUGCUGGCGACUGGAGCAGCUGCGGAGAGAGCUACCUCCCUCAGCACAAGGAGGACAGCGGGGAGGCAGACUAUGACGAUGUCCCAUCAGAGGAUACGGGCAGCGAGGAGGACAACUCGCCAGCAGACAGGACCAAUCCCCGGCUAGAAUCCCCAGCACAGCCCCGAGCCAAAGAGCAGACCUACGCUGCCUACGUUAGGAUGCAGGAAAUCAGUCCGGCACUGAAGCACCGCGUCAACCUGAAGGAUCUUCAGGAAAGCAUUGACACCCUCAUUGGAAAUUUGGAACGAGAACUCAGCAAAAAUAAACUAAAUGCCGCUUGCUAGAGACAUUGAGGAGCAAUACUGCAGAUCCAACGUUUAACUUACCUUUCCCCUUGACGGAAGUACUCUGGCAAGGGAAGCCGCUCGAGCUAUCCCCGCUCAGCUCAUUCCUCUUCGGCAUUCCAGGACAUUGACACGUGCCAGUUUUUUUUCUUCUUCUUAUUGGAAGAACUCCGGUGAAUUGACCCCAAGAGGUGCAUGUUGCCUUAAAGGUGUGUUCCGUGUACUGUAGAGCGAGCGCUGAGCUCGAGUAGCUACGUCAACUGAUGCACUUAUCAAUGAAACUUUCAACAAGGACUUUGUGAAGGAGACUAGCCAUAGCCACUCACCACACUCUCUCCUACCCACAACUAGCAACUUCAACUCUGAUCAUUGGACGUUUUUGAUGCUGCUGCCACCACACAGAGUAAUUCAGCGGGUGAGGCAGCAUCUACGGUCUCGACCCGAAACGUCGCCACUUCCUUCUCUCCAUAGAUGCUGCCUCACCCGCUGAGUUACUCCAACAUUUUGUGUCUUCCUUCGACUUACCAGCAUCUGCAGUUCUUUCUUAAACACCUUGUUACGCUGCAGCGAUAAUGACCAAUUAGAGAUUUGCGGGUCACUUUUCAUUUGCAAUGUAAUGACAAGGCUGCUACAAAGAGACACACAGCAAACGAAAACCCUGCUGAGGUUUCAGGUGUUGAGAGAUAUUGUAAGCUGUUUUCUUCCUUUAUUAACACGUCUCGGUACCUGUAUUUAAAGGCAAAUCAAAGCAAAUGGUAUAUUUUUCUAACCCAUUAUAUUUUUGAUAAAGUGUGAUCACGCCAUUUAUAGUGACACGCCCACCAGAAGGCCAAAUACCGUUAGACAUACUGCCUGAGAAAUGUAGUAUAUCUAAAUAUAUAUAUAUAUAUAUGUAUGCACGAUAAAGUGAGCUGUGAGGAAGUGUUCUCGAUGUAACGUGGCCGAUUAUUUGCAAUUGUCAGGAUUAAUGACUAAUCGUAUUAACAAAGUAUCAAAUUAGGUGUUGUACGUUGGAAUGGCUCACAUGAUGACGCAGGCAGGAAAUGCAAACGGUUAAUAGUUCGAGUCGGCUCUCGCUUUCAACAAAACCUUUCGAGGGGCUGGUGUGUGGGGGUACAGAGUCGAUCGAGUACAUGUUAUAUUCUCUUGCAUCCACUUCUCUGCAUCUUUCUGUGUCUUCCCCUUUGUACUUGAGUUUGAACUGAUCAUGUCCCACGUACGGUAUAUCUGACCUGAUAAAACAAAGCUUUUCACUGUUCCUCGGUACACCUGACAGUAAUAAAACCUCGACUUAAUAAUAAACCUGAACAUGUUGGUGGUAAUGACAGCAGGAUAUAAAGAAUUACGGUUUCAAUCGAUUCUCCCAAUGUUGACAAUUAAAUGCAAAAGGUACAACCUUGUCAAAUGAUAUACCCCCACACACAGGGUUUUCAUUGAGAGGCCUUUGUGUGUAAAUGUACUGUGUUGUGACUGACGCAACAGUGUCUGUCAGUAUUGGCCGGAUGGUCAGAUGUCCGGUGGGGCGAGUCCAGAACCAGGGGCCACAGUCUUAGAA